AUCCCUCUUAAAGUUUCGAAAUCUCGAAUUGUUGGCUAUUUAUCCAGGAGAGAAUGCGAAGAGACAGCAUCUUGAAAAAUUACAAGCACAUCGACGUUUAAAAGAUGUACAUUUUUAUUUUUGUAAUAUUGAUGAUGAUCUGAAAGGUUAUUAUCAGGAUCAAAGCCGAAAGAAUAGAGGUAGUUUAUAUACAAAAUUUUUGCCAGGAAGUUUUUUUACGACUGGUUCUGAAUAA